AGAGGAGCACACCGCUAAACAGACAGUCACACUCUUGCAUGCUGCACUUUCUAUUUUGGACAAAUGUGACACAUUUAGGUUAAAGUGACUCUGUUAACCUGUGAACUGACUGAACCCUACUCUGCUUUUCACGUUCGUAUCCCGGUUUGGAUAAUGGAGAGCUGCAAUCAGCGGGUGUUCACACUGCUGCUCCUGCUGCGCUGCUUCAUGAGUCUCUCCACCUCGUCCAUCGACACCAUGAAUGUGGUGGAUUUCUGUGGCCAGACAAUCCAAGGUGACGGUAUGAUCAUCAACUCACACCAGGAAUCCAAGAAGUACUACUUUGUGAUCAUGGGGACUGAUUGCCACCUGACAAUGCGGGCCAGCUCUCCCAAAGACAAGGUCCAGUUCCAUUUCCGCUUCUUCCUGGUUUACAGCUUGCUUCGAGUGGCCCCCCUGAGUCCUGCGCCUGUCUUGCCAGAGUCUCUGUCCCCCCACGGUUCUGCCCCUCUCAGCCCCAGAUCGCAGUCUACCUCUGGUGAAAACUCAGAAGAUCCGUGUCAUGCCGGCUCUUACGUUCAGUUCUAUGAUGGUCGGGACACAACCUCGCCUCUCUUGGGGCCUCCUCUUUGUGGGAAGAGCCCACCCCGACCAGUGCUGUCCACAGGAAACUACCUGACCCUGAGGCUGGUGACCAGGGGGACUCAGCCUCGAGUUGACUUUGUGGGGGACUUCACCUCCUUCAGACUGGGUUUUAAUCAAUCAGAUUGCAGCAACGAGCCUUACUUCACUUGCAGGAAUGGAAAGUGCAUCCCUCUGAGUUUGGUGUGUGAUGAAAAAGGCAUUGAUAACUGUGGGGAUGGAAGUGACCUGGAGGAAAACCUCACCACAGGCUGCAAAGGAGGUCAAAUUUUACCUCCUGAACCUUCACCAGCAAUAGCGACCCCUCCUCAUCCCUUUCUGAGUCCACCCACUGUGCCCUUCCUGACACGUAUGAACUGUGGUGCGCCGAUUGGUUCUCCCAAUCCCGAGUCGGCAGCAGACUCUCCUGCCUCUUUGUCCCUGUUGGUUCUCUACAUCAUCAUGGGCAUGGUGACAGGUGGCAUAGUGCUCUGCUGGUGCUUCUGGUCACCUGGCUGCUUCAUGUGGCGAGUUAGCGCCUGUCGCUUCUUACCCUGCUGCAACUCAGCCUGUGCCUCAUGCCAGUUAUGCACUCACAGCUGUAUCUGCAAUAAGGAGCACCGACCGGGAAAAGUCACUCCACACACACAUGCCAGUGGCACAGCGAUGGGGACCGCGGUGGUUACGACAGCAGGUGUGUAAAGCAGCAGGACUGUCCAACAGGUCAUGAUUGGUACAUGGACAUGAAUCAUGAAGGCUGAGUGGUGUGUGACGAUGUGUGACACUCUGGCAUGGACAGAUGUGAUGGAGUCGAUUAAAUGUGGUUUGUGUUUUAAAUGUAAUUACACAGGUGGUGUCGUUUAUGUUGCUAUGAGAAGAUAAAGCAGGAUAGAAUUUAUAUCUAUUAGUAUGAAAGUAUGUGCUCAGUGUUUAGUCAUACACAUGCUAUUUUCACUCUGUCUUUGAAGUAACUGUUUAGUCAUGCUGUGAAAAUAUACCACGUGUCCACAAAGUAUGCUGAGGUCAUACACUGAAGAAACAGCCGUGGAGUGGCCCACCUGGUGACAGCAGCUGUUUGUCCCUUUGAAAAGUUCACUUUUCACUCUCCGUGCUGACAUAUUGUGGGAACAUAACGAAUCCCUCCCCUGAUAAAUUUGUAAUGUUUCUCAGUUCCAAAGAAAUGAACAGUCUCUAAUAAAAUCCAGAGAACCACAUAACAAACGCUAUAAAUUGAUUUGGAUUUCAUUAAGUGAAAUUCGUGGUGAACCUGUCCAAUGCAGCCAGAAUACUGCUGCCCACAGAUCGGCUGUGUGCCCAUGUACCACACAGAUCCUAAUCAGUCAAUGAAUCAAUCAAUCAGAGACUGCUAACCUCUACUCAUUAUUUGUAUAAAGCACUUCUGUCUGCAGAACCAGUUCCUUCAUUCGGACCUAUCGACUACAGUAAGGCCAAAUAGCUGAUAAAGGAUGUCACAGUUGUAGACCUGCACGGGCUUGAAUGGCCUAUAAAACCAUCAGCAAGUACUAAGUCCUGUUUUUCUUGGGAAUCAAAUAAGGAAAUUUGUGUUCGUUAAGUCAGUUCUUUGAUGUAACAAUGCUUCUUGGCAAUUAAUCUAAUAACUCUAAAAGGCUGUAUGUGUGAUGCCACAUUUUUAAGGAAACAGCAUUUGUAUUUGUGUUGUCUCUUUAUUUUGAACAUGUUAAUAUAGUAUAACAACAGAGA